AUGAUGGACAGCCGCAUCCUGGAGCAUCCUCAUGCCCAGUUCGGGGGGAUGGUGGGCUUCCCUUACCCGCUCGGCCACCACCACGUCUACGAGCUGGCCGGCCACCAGCUGCAGUCGGCGGCCGCCUCCGUGCCCUUCUCCAUCGAUGGAUUACUGAGCGGCUCCUGCGCCGCCUCUGUGGUCAACCCGGCGCCGCUGAUCCCCUCCGGCUGCGGGGUGAGCGGGGACAGCCAGCCCUUCAAGCUCGCAGACUCGGGUGACCCGGACAAGGAAAGUCCUGGCUGUAAAAGAAGACGAACCCGCACCAAUUUUACUGGCUGGCAGCUCGAGGAGCUGGAAAAGGCGUUCAAUGAGAGCCAUUACCCGGACGUGUUUAUGCGAGAGGCUCUGGCUCUCAGGCUAGACUUGGUGGAGUCCAGAGUGCAGGUCUGGUUCCAAAACCGCCGGGCCAAAUGGAGAAAGAAAGAGAACACGAAGAAGGGCCCGGGGCGGCCGGCUCACAACUCCCACCCCACGACGUGCAGCGGGGAGCCCAUGGACCCCGAGGAGAUCGCCCGGAAGGAGCUGGAGAAGAUGGAGAAGAAGAAGAGAAAGCACGAGAAGAAGCUGCUCAAAAGCCAAAGCCGCCACCCGCACUCUCCCAGCGCCCUCUCCCUCCACAGCACGCCCAGCUCCGACAGCGACAGCGGCGGCGGGGGAGGCCUCUCGCCCGCCCCGCCUGAGGCCAAGCCCCGCGGGCAGCCCCCGCCGCCCCAUCCGCCGCUCCCCGCCGCCGCCGCCCCCUCCGAGCCGCCCCCCGGCACCUGCGACCAGACGGCCGAGCCCUUCUACCCCAGCCAAAGAAGCGGGAGCGGGCGGCUCCAGCGCCCUCCCGACAAGGACUGCGCGGCCGCCCCGUCGGGGGACGGCAGCGGGGGCGCGGGGGGGCCCCGCGGCGCCGGCAGCUUCCACAAGCUCAACCCGUUCAGCGUGGAGAGCCUGCUCUCUGACUCGCCGCCCCGCCGCAAGGCCGCCCCGGACUUCCCCAGCCUGCCCCCCUGCGCCCCCCGCACCCUCAUCGGCAAAGGACACUUCUUGCUCUACCCCAUCACCCAGCCCCUGGGCUUCCUCGUCCCGCAGACCGCCCUCAAGGCCAGCCCGGGCCCCGAGGCCGGCCAGCCCCCCCGGGACUCCCCGCUGCCCGCCGCCAACCCCGGCCCGCCCGGCUGCGGCGCGGAGCCGGCGCCCGCGGGUGCCCAGCCCGGCCCCGGCCCCACGGACACGGCGGGCUCGGUGCCCCCCGCGCCGGCCGCAGCCUCGCACGGGGACCCGGCGGCCGCCGCCUCCGCCGAGGGCGGCAGCUUCCCCCGGCCCGAGUCGCCGGUCCGGGCGCGGGACGCCAGCACAGCCAGGGACAGAUCGGACUGCGGCCCCGCCGACGGCGAGGAGGUGGACAUGGACUGACCGGGCGGCCGAAACAAAACAAAACAACAACAACAAAAAAAAUCGAAACAAAAGUAAAAUAGAACAAAAAAAAAAAAAAAGAGCAAAAAUAAAAGCAGCCGAGAACGUCAGCGGCACCCCCAGCGCCCGUCACCCGUGAGGAACGGGGGAAGCGCUGCCCCGCUCACCCCACGCACGCCGCGCCCGCUGCCCACGGGAGGCGUUGGCACAGCCGAGAGAGCGGCUCUUCGUCUCCCUAGAGUUUAUCACAGGUCGAUUCAGGUGAUCAGUUAGAGCUUUUUGGGUUUUAUAUUUAAAGGAUUAA